AUGCGGCUCGCAGGACUCAAGGGUCUCCACGGGCUCGACCGGCUGCGUCUGCUGCCCCUACUGCUCCUGCUGCUUCUGCCACCGCCUCCCGCAUGCAUAACCUGCGCCCUGACUCCGCCAGACGCCCCCAGUGCCCCGACCACGGCAGGCGUCCGCAGCGCCCCCAGCCUUAGAGAGCGUGCGCGGGCCCUGAUGCCGGCCUUCCCACUAGUGGACGGUCACAACGACCUGCCUCUGCUUUUGGCACAUCUUUUCCAGAACAAGCUACAGGAUGUUAAUCUGCACAAUUUCAGCCGUGGCCAGGCCGGCUUAAACAGGCUUAGGGACGGCCUCGUGGGUGCCCAGUUCUGGUCGGCCUACGUCCCAUGCCAGACCCAGGACCAGGAUGCUGUGUGCUUCACACUGGAGCAGAUUGACCUCAUUCAAUGCAUAUGUGCAUCCUACUCUGAACUGGAGCUUGUGACCUCAGCUGAAGGUCUGAACAGCACUCAAAAGCUGGCCUGCCUCAUUGGCGUCGAGGGUGGUCACUCACUGGACAGCAGCCUCGCUGUGCUGCGUAGUUUCUAUCUGCUUGGAGUGCGCUACCUGACGCUCACCUUCACCUGCAGCACUCCCUGGGCAAAGAGUUCCACCAAGUUUAAACACCACUUCUAUAUCAAUGUCAGCGGGUUGACCAGCUUUGGUGAGAAGGUGGUGAGGGAAAUGAACUGCCUGGGCAUGAUGGUGGACUUGUCCUAUGGAUCGGAUGCCUUGGUACGGCGGGUCCUGGAGGUGUCAUGGGCUCCUGUAAUCUUCUCCCACUCAGCCGCCAGAGCCGUGUGCAACUAUUUGCUGAAUAUUCCCGAUGACAUUCUACAGCUUCUGAAGAAGAAUGGUGGCAUCGUAAUGGUAACGCUGUCCAUGAGGGUGCUGCAGUGCAACCUGUUAGCCAAUGUGUCCACUGUGGCAGAUCACUUCGACCACAUCAGGGCAGUCAUUGGAUCUGAGUUCAUCGGGAUUAGUGGAAAUUAUGAUGGGUCUGGCCGAUUCCCUUAAGGGCUGGAGGACGUAUCCACAUACCCGGUGCUGAUAGAGGAGUUGUUGAGACGUGGCUGGAGUGAGGAAGAGCUUUGGGAUGUCCUUCGCGGAAACCUGCUGAGGGUCUUCAGACAAGUGGAACAGUUAUGCUGGGUGAGAGAGGAAAACAGUGGGCAGAGCCCUGUGGAGGAUGAGUUUCCAGACAGGCUGCUGGGCGUGUCCUGCCACUCCCACCUCCUGCCACAGCCUCACGGCGAGCAUGACCUGGAGCUGAACAAGUGGCCAACCAGUCACGUCCUCCAGAGGCCCUCAAAAGCCUCCCCAUUUGCCCUAGUGGCUACCACCACCUUCUCAAUCCUCAUCCUUUGGCUCUGGUGA